AUGUAUCCAGAUUUAAAAAAAAGAAAUGAGGAUACUGUAGUUCAUAAUUACAUACAUGAUAUUUUUAAAGAAAUAUUUCGCGAUCCUAACUAUGAUAUCAUUUGGGCAAACAUUAAAAGCUUGUCAUCAAGAAAUCACCGUUCGAGUUAUGGACGCACCCAAGGUAGAAGGCCUGACGCAACAUUGUAUCGAAUUAUGGAUGAUGGUGACCUCGAAGAAGAAUGUUUCGUUGAAGGAGGCAUAAAUAAUAUAAUUUCUUUACGGGGAAACGAUCCAGAAGUAAAAUCCUUUAGUGGACACUUUUGUGAGAUAUAUAUAUUUUUUGGAAUGAUGGAUUUGGAUUAUGACGGUAUUUACCGUUAUUUUCAGCUCUCUGAGAUAAAGCUUGCACAAAAACUUUCGGAGUUUAACCUUGUACGAAAGUUGAUUAUAGAAACUUUUUUUUUUAAGGUAAUUCUUUAUCCUGAUGUUAUUGAAGUUUUUGAUCCAUGUUCUUACCUUUUGUUAUUUGCUAUUCAGUGUCGUAUUGACAGCUUUUACGCAAAUAACGGUGGAAAUGGGCCCUCAAAUAAAAAUAAUCUUGAGUCUUCGAGUGACAUUGGGUCCUCUAGCAAAAAUUAUGGUAGAUUCACUAAUAGCAGAGAAUCCACCCCCCCUCUCCAGAAUAAUUUUGCCGUCGCCCUAUCAUCACGCCUAAAGCGCAUAGAAUUGGGAUUUCGAAUGUUAAUAUAG